GGGGCAACCCACACACCAGCCGCCAAAGCUCACUUGGUACUGAGACACAGGGAUACCUAGGCUUCAGCAGAUGUCGCACUCAGAAGAGGCGAGGAAAGGAGGCAGAUUCCUUUGGAUGCUGGAGCAGAGAUGCUGAAGAACUCACUGAAGCAAGUGGGAUACAGCUGGACACCCUACUGUCCCACCAGCAUCACUGGCUCUGGUUCUGCUCUCUCAAAUGGGUCCUGUGACACAGAGACCCUGACACUUACCCCAGACAUGCUGCUGCUGCUGCUGCUGCUGGCCCUGCUGUGGGCAGGGUCCCUGACUCAGCAUCUAGGAUUCUGGCUGCGAGUUCAGGAGUCUGUGAUGUUGCAGGAGGGCCAGUGCAUCUCCGUGCCCUGCACUGUGUCCUACCCCAAGAUAGGCUGGACUGAGGCUGCCCCAGCUCAUGGCUACUGGUUUCUGGAAGGGGCUGAACCAAACUCGGAUGCUCCUGUGGCCACAAACAACCCUAAUCGCAAAGUGAGAGAUGAGACCAGGGGCCGAUUCCACCUCGUUGGGGACCCCCGGACCUCCCACUGCUCCCUGCACAUCAGAGACGCACAGAAAAGGGACACAGGGAGAUACUUCUUUAGGGUGGAGAGAGGGUCCUAUGUGAAAUACAAUUACAUUCAGAAACAGCUCUCUGUACAUGUGACAGAGCUGGUGCCUGACAUCCACAUCCAGGGCACCCUGGAAUCUGGACACCCCAACAACAUUACCUGUACAAUGUCAUGGGCCUGUGACAGAGAGACACCACCCAUCUUCUACUGGAUGGGGGCCAACCUCACACUCCUGAGUGUCUGGACUCCCAACUCCUCAGUGCUCACCCUCACACCAGGGCCCCAGCACCACGGGACCAACCUCACCUGUCAGGUGGCCUUGCCAGGUGGUGAGAUCAGGGAGAGGACCAUCCAGCUCAAUGUGACCUAUGCACUCCAGAACCUAACCAUCAUGUCCUGGAAAGAAGGCACAGGAUAUAGAGUUUUGUCCAACGGCUCAUCGCUCCAAGUCCAGGAGGGCAAGUCCCUGCACCUGGUGUGUAAAGCUGAUAGCAACCCACCCACCAGCACGAGGUGGACCCGGGGCAGCCUGACCCUGGAGUCCACAGACCCAGGGGUCCUGAAGCUGCCCCAGGUGGAACUGGAGGACCAUGGGAAAUACAUCUGCCGAGCUCAGCAGCACGAGUCAGCCUCUCUGGAAGCCUCUGUGACCCUCAGUGUGAAGAGAAAAUCAGGGACCAGGGCAGUGGUGGUGCUGGUGGCCAUUGUGGAAGUAGCUGCUAAGACCCUAUUCCUACUGCUCUGCCUCAUCAUCCUCAUAGUCAGAUACCAGAGGAGGAAGGUGAGGAGACCCACAAGGGGCAUGAAACAUGCAAACACAGAAUCCAGUUAAUGCCUCAGCUCAGCUCAAUGUCCGUCAGCUCCCGAUCCUAUCCCUGGUCAUUCCUGUAGCCUCAUUUCUUUCUGGGUGUCUGAACCCAGCAACGUCCUGCCUCCACCUCUGUCUUCAACUGAGGCCAAUAGACUGUUUUAGCGGAUACCUGCCCUCCAGGUUCUGCACAGUAUGAACAGUGAUGUUUCCUGUCUGUGGCUGGGAUGAAGGCAAAGUCCACAGGCUGGAUUUAGGACUGGCAUAACAUGUGUUCUGCUGGACUCUCCACUGGAUUCCACCCUCUUCUGCAAUCUCACACCAUCUCUGCUCCCAGCCCAGCCAGGGUCUUUGUGACUCUGAGACUUUGCAUGUACAGUUCCUCCUGCUGAAAUGGCCUUCCCUUCAGAUUCCUACAUCUCCAAGUGCUGAUCAUCUUUUGGUCUCAAUUAAAAGCCACCUAAUUGUG